AUGUACCUAAGUUCGUGGUGGAGCUUCCCUUAUUCUAAAUCAAACUUAUCAAAACAAUCUAUUAAUUUUGAAGAUAAUAUCCACCCUGUCGUCGAAGUCUCGGAAGCCAUUUCUAAUUCGCAUCGAAUUAUGUCUACCUACGGUAUUUCUCCGAAAAGUGACUCUACUAUCAUAAGUGAAACUGCUUCUGAUAUUUCGGGUGUGUCGACUUUUACCGACUCUACCUCUACCGCUAUAAUAUCCCAAGAUCUAAAUACUGUUCAUUUGGAAAGCGAGAAAAAAUCGGAAAAUGUUGACAAAGUUACUUCAUCUAAUACUAUAAACUCAAAGGUUUCUGCUGUCGACAAUUCCUCAAAUCUGUCUGAACAAAUUAUUAAACCUGAUAUCAAUAAUUUGAAGAAUCCAACAACUAAUGAUGUGUCACCUAUUUCAAAGGAAAGAAAAUUUUCCUCUUUAGAGAGAUCAAAAAAAUCUUCUUCUUCUGAACCAAAACGACGGUCUUUACUCGGUACUUGGUUCUCUUCUUCAACUGAUAUGUCGGAAAAUAUUUCUGAAAAUGAUUUUAUCAAGGCAUCUGAUGUUACUUCGUCGACUAAAGCUCUUUCUAAGUCUCCAACUUUAUCCGAUUUAACAACUUCAACCGUUCAUAAUAUACCUUCUUCAACUUCAAAUACUUCCACUCCUUUAAAUAAUGACCUUUCUUCUUCACAAGGCUCCACCACAUCUCAAAAGUUAGAUUCUUCAAUUAACAAGUUAUCCUCAAUUCAACAUUCAACUGUUGAUGAUCCUCCAAAUCCAUUAGUUCAAACUUUACCUAAAAAUAGUUCUCCUUGGAUAUAUUUAUUUGCGACUAAUCGUUCAGGUGUUCCUAAAAUAAGUCAGAAUUUAGAUACUAAAUUAAUCACUAAUAGUGAAAUUGAUUCUCAAUCUAGAUCUUCAGAAAUGACUACUAAAGUAUCAAUUUCAACUGAUGUAGAUAAGAAAUCAAGAGUCUCAACUGAUGUAGAUAAGAAAUCAAAAGUUAUUACUUCAACCGAUGUAGAUAAGAAAUUAAAAGUUAUUACUUCAACUGAUGUAGAUAAGAAAUCAAAAGUUGUUACUUCAACUGAUGUAGAUAAGAAAUCAAAAGUUGUUACUUCAACUGAUGUAGAUAAGAAAUCAAAAGUUACUACUUCUAAUGAUGUAGAUAAAAAAGUUUCUAUGUCUCCAUCGGUCUCUCCUAAACUAAAACCUUCAAUGGUUAAACUUGCUCCUGUUAGCAUAGUUUUACCAAAAUUUGACGAAUUUGUUAUAAAUAAACCAGUAAAACAUCCUGAUGCUCCUGUUCAAAAGGCUCUUCAUGCUAUAAAUUCUUAUUUAUUUCCACCUGACAAACCUAUUGAUGGAUCUUUACCAAAGUGGUUAGAUGAAAUUACAAGAUCAACUAUUGAUGUUAAAAGAAUAGCUAUUAUCGGUGUUCAUGGUUGGUUUCCAGCAAAAUUAUUAAGAGUUGUCGUAGGUGAACCAACUGGAACUUCUCCAAAGUUUUGUGACAUGAUGGCUAAAGCCGUUUUGGGUUAUUUAUCUCAACAUAAUAUUUCUUUACCAAGUGAUGCAAUCACUUGUAUACCACUUGAAGGUGAAGGAACGAUAGAAACUCGAGAGCAAUUAUUACAUAAAAAUUUAUUAUAUAACAAGACUUGGUGUGAAGCUCUUACCUUGGCUGAUGUCGUAUUUGUUGCAACUCAUUCUCAAGGCACUCCUGUUGGUACAAUUCUUCUUUCAAGACUAAUUAAAGAACGUCUUGUGAAUCCUAAACAACAACGUAUAUGUCUAUUGGCUAUGGCUGGAAUUUCUCAUGGUCCAUUUCCAUAUUUAAAAGAUCAUUACAUAAUAAAAUACUUUGUGGGUGCUGGAAGAAGUCCUGAUGUUGAUGCUUCUAGAGAGCUUUUUGAAUUUAUGGAUUCUGAAAGUGCCGUUGCUAAAAAAUAUCGGGAUGCUCUUAACAUUGUUACUCAGAAAGGUGUAAAAUUGGUAUAUGUUGCUUCUAUGGAUGAUCAAGUAGUUCCAUUAUAUUCUGGAAUAUUUAUCGGAGUAGAUCAUCCGUCAAUUAUGCGCGCAAUUUAUGUUGAUGGUCCAUUAUAUCAAGAAAACGAUUUCUUAAUAAAUCUUAUUAUAUUUGCUAUAAAAUUACGAAAUGCAGGUAUAUUGGAUAAUGGAUUAAUUACUCAAUUAAGUGAGGUUAUAAUCGGUUCAUUGUACGGUGAGGGCCAUUCAACUUUAUACAAUGAAAUUGAUGUUUACACACUUGCUGUACGGUAUCUUUUUGAAGUACCAUCAUUGGGAACAAGCGAAGUAAAACUCUCAAAAUUCCAAGCACAACCAAAGUAUAAUCCAUAUUUUUUGCCUUGGUCAGUUCGAGGUAUUUUGGAAGACAAAAAUGUCACCGGAAAUCCUCGUUUCAUAAACGAAGUUAACAGAUUAAAGAAAUUAUAUGAAGAUUGGGAUCCUUCUUCAAAAGCUUUGAAAGAAUUAAAGUUUCGAUUAGAACCUUUUCGUGAUACUAUUCUAGGCAAAUGGAAGCUAUAA